AUGGCCGCCAACGUUUCCAGCGACCUCAUCUGGCAGCUCACCCGCACCCAGAAUGCUUAUCUGGUCAAGCGUAACAGCGGCGGUGGUUCUCAGUUCUCCCGUGACCCCCUGAACCUGCAGAACAAGCACUCUUUCAAGUACGCCGGCUAUGCCAACACCAAGGCGGUUGGUGUCCAGGCCACCGAGAACGGCGGUGUUGCUGUCAUCACCAAGAAGCCCAGCAACCCCCAGCAGCCUGCCAAGAACGUCGUUACCGUGACCUACGGCCCUAACGCCUCCACCCGCAAGAUCUACAAGGGUGUUGCCGACAAGACUGCCAAGAACGGUUACCGUGCUGAUGUCCGUGAGGACGCCGUCGCCCGUGUCAGCGCCGUCCGUCGCUCCCAGAAGGCCAAGAAGGAGACUCCCGCCCAGAAGCCCCGUGGUGCUAAGGCCAGAAAGGCCGAGGAGAAGUCGGAGUAA